AUGGGGGGAUGGCAAUUGGAUGGAAGCUACUUGACCUGCUGUGUGGGCGAUGCCUGUUGGUCAACAUCUGUCUCAUUGCCACCAGAGGCCAACGUGCCCAAAGGACACCAAUGUCCUGCCUGCUACAGCAUGGACUCCUUCCAGUGAUGUAACAAAAUUGUAGACUGCACUGGAUCCAAAACCCAGUGUGUCGAUCUGGCUGGGUUAAUUAAUUCGGGUGGACUGUCUCUGAAAGCUGCCAGGAAGGGCUGCACCACCAUUUCUGAAAACCAUGUUGUAGGAAAUGGAAAUGGAAAAAACAAUCUGGGGAUGAUGAACAUGAAAAUGAAGCCGUUCCAAAGCAAACCAACUUAUGCUUUGGAAAGACUGGUUUCUUGGCUUGCCCCUCCACAAACUCUUUUUCUCCCUGUCCAUAUCUUGGAGAAGUUACUUUUCUGACUCUCUCUAGGACUGACCUAUGCAAAGCUUUCAAUGAGCUCCAGCAGUGGUUGGCACCAAC